AAGCAGAUCGUAACUUUGCAACAUGGCGGUGAAUUGAGCCAAAGUCGCGGUGCUGUGCCAUCAGAAAAUGUAUUUUUCAUAGUCGCGCAAACUCCUUUAUCGUGCCCUCGAUGCAUGCGACAGUGUAAUACGGAUCCGGCUCGUGUGAGACGAUACGCUGUGUAUAUAAAUAUGUGUGUAACGAGCCGCAACGCUAUUUCGAAGGUGACACCCCGCAACUCGGUGUGGUGCCCGACCACGUAUGGCAGAGACUAGAACCCGAGAUAAGGAAGCUCUGCUUCGCCCAAGUAAUACGUGUCGCCAAUCAAAAUUACCACCACAGAGUAGCAAUGUGGUGGUCACCCAUUCCGAACUGUGAAAAUAUACUUGCAAAAUUUAAAAGUUUUGUCGAUUACUGCAACUUGUGAUCGUAUAUGCGUGCCAAACAGAGAUAUAUAAAAGGGCAUUGAAGAGACCCAAUGGUUUCCUGACAUGAUGGAAAGUAAUCUAUAUGUGAAAAAUGAGCCGGGACUUGACGGGCAAUCACUUGCAAAUCCACAACCAAACCCAUCCACGGAGGAUGCCGGAGGAGCUAGAGUUUGUUUCAUUUGUGGCACGAUAGGCCAUGGGGAACAAUAUUGGCUGAGAGUAAAGCCAAGUCCGGGUGGUGCGCCAAAUGAACCUUACUUUCCAUUUCUUGAGUCCCAUGAACCACCUGCCGGCUACCGUGGCGAUGGAGCCAGAAGCGGAGCGGUCAAGGCGUGUAGUCUUUGCUACGCCUUGCUGUUACAGCAAUGGGAGAGUUACGAGCAGGAUGCCAGACCUCAUAGUCAACGAAUUUAUUGGCUGAAACGAUGCGAUGGUGGUCCUUUCACAGGGGCCGAGAUGGCUCUUCAAGGAGAAUACGCGGCUCAGGUCCUGGGCUUGACCAAUGAUCAAACACCGCAGCUCCGACCAGAAAACCGACCGAUUGGAAUAUCCCCGCGACUUCCGCUAAAUUCACCAUCGCCCAGAGUCGAACAGACGAGACCGCCGUCGAAUUCCAUUGAGCUGCCAAGACCACAUUCGAACACGGCAGAAACGCACAGACACUUGGAACAAGCAAGGCUCACAAUGGAGUCUCCGCAUCAAAGACUUCAGUCACCGCAUCAAAGGUUACAAAGUCCUCGACAGCCUGUGGAAGAUGCAAGGAUAUCUAACGAAGCGGCAUUGGAUUUAAGACAUGCGCCCAGGAGUUCACCUGCGCCGCAGCCAACAUUGCCACCACAACCUCAACCCAUUUACAGUGGUGGAUCGACAUCGAGUGCCGGUACUGAUAUUUUAGACCUUUCGAUGCCAGACAAAAAUUCAGUUACAGAAGUCUGUUACGUAUGCGGAGACGAAUUCAAAAGAGGGUCACUUAGUCAUAUUGCAGCAAAACCACUGCCAACCCCGCCACAUCCCUCUGCCAGUCCCCCGCCAUUUUUUCCUUCGCUAAUGCUUCAUCCAAGACCAAGCAGAAGCCGACCAAUGGAUAGUGCUGGUCGUGUACAAGCCUGUUCAGCAUGUCAAAAUCAUCUUCUGUUACAAUGGAAGGCAUACACCCGGCAAGGAGUCCCGCACGAUGAUCGGAAUUAUACGCUUCGUAAACGACAAGCACCAACUAUGGAUACAACUACUUUUAUCUGUUAUACUUGCGCGCUUGAGUACCCUUCGUCCAGUAUUAGACUCCUUUAUUGCUGUCCUAAUCCCGAGAAGGAGGCGUACUAUCCUUUUAUUUAUUCUCUGAGACCUCCGCAAGGAGCUAGUCCUAUUAGCCCUCAGGGAAUGGUGCAAGUUUGCUCCAUUUGCUAUAAAACUAUACCACAGAAGCAACAAGUAUUUGGUGGAGAGAAUCACGAGGCUCAGCCGUCUGGACAGAGCGUGGAUUUUCGACAGCAAGGUCCCUCACCGAGACCUGCGGUGGCAAAGUCUCCGGCCAAUUCUGCUGGUAGUGAUAUUCGUUUCAAGCCGUACGAUUUAAACAAAUCGAGCGUUGCUACGAAUAAACAACGCAGCGCAACCAUAAAAGGAUCCACUCCUGGGCAACGAAAUUCUCCGAACGGUCCCGCUGAAAACGGAACUGUCGUUCUCGGCCAAAAUUAUAGGUGCUAUAUUUGUGAGAGAUUGUAUCCUCGUUCUCAUAUGAAAUGGUUAUCUACGAGCCCAGAAGGAAUGAAUUCGCACGCUAUGCAUUUUCCAUGUUUAAGAGGAAUGCUACGUACGUCGGAGAAUGCCUGUAUGGAUAGUCAUGGCAGAGUGUUAGCUUGUAGUCACUGUGUAAAUCACCUUGCCCAACAGUGGGAAAGCAUGGAUGCUGAACGAGUUCCUUUAGAACGUCGCAGGUAUGAUAUUCCUAGUCCACAUCCAAACGGCGAUGUGAACCGAUCAAUCGCCACCCCACCGAGUUCUAGUUCAGAUCGAACAUUUGGUAGUAAUCCAGGCACAUCGAGCAGUUCCAUAUAUUGUUUCUUAUGUGGCUUGCAUAGUGAUUUAACUCUCGCAAGAGUGUUGUACGGUCGCCCUCAGGGUCGUAACGCGCCGUUUUUCCCCGAAUUGUUACGUCAUCAAUCACCGCCGAACGCCGAGCAACUUCGGGAGGAUGGUUCUGCGCUAGUAUGCACGUUUUGUUAUCAUUCUCUUUUGGCGCAGUGGCGUCGAUUCGAAUCUCUUCCCAGUGGUCAGCAAGUGAAUGCCGCGGAAAGGCAGUACAACACGCAUGAUUAUUGCUGUUACGUUUGCGGUAUUACGACGUACAGGAAACGAGUCAGAGCAUUGCUCGUGAAGGAUUUCCCUUUCCUGAGGUAUCACAGGCAACCGGAAAAGAGCCUGUUAUUGGAAAACGGGGAUUUCGCCGUAGUCUGUUUAGACUGUUACGAAACACUGCGCACACAAAGCCUUGAAUACGAACGAUGGGGCUUGCCCGUUGAAAAACGCGAAUACAAUUGGAUAGUGCAACCUCCGCCGCCAGAAGAUAGCCCUGAUGCAGCUGUUGCGAGAUUACCAUCCGGCGAAAGAUCCGAGAAGGUGGUCCCGUCGACGUUAACGGUUAAACCUGUACGGAAAAACUGUUCGCCAAAGGCGCCGGAAAAGAAGGUUCCGGUGAAAGUUCCAGAGAAGGAACAAGGUCUCCAGCCUGCUAGCACCAAAGCUCAACCCACCACGAUCAGCAAGUCUCACAGACCCAGUUCCGGCGUUUUACCUCAGGGUCAUACUCCUGGGCCGGGUCCUGGUGGUCAACAGAGUAGCAGGAGUUUUGCCGCCGCUCUGAGAAACCUUGCAAAACAGGCAGGGCCGGCACCUCAGGAAGAAGAACCUCGAGCGAGCCCCAAGAAUCGAGCGCCACCUCCUCUGGUUAGAGGUCCUUCCCCUGCCAAGGAACGUUCGACGCACGAAAGAAGACCAGAAGAGAUGCCCUCGUUGUACACGAAUGCGAGACCCGCGGACACCAGUAAACAUAGCGUAACUGCCGCCGCUUCCGAAUUGCUGGCCCGUUCCGGUUUUCAACCGUACCGGCCUGAACAUCAUCCGGCCCACGCUCCACCGGCUUUCGCCCUGGAUCCUGCGGCCUACAAUCCUUAUCAUCACGGUCUCUAUCCACCGCCACACCUUCAACACGCUUAUAGAUUAGAGGAACAGUUGUACUUGGAACGGUGUGGAAUGCUGAGACCGCCGUUAUUUCCUGGUUUACCUUCGUAUCCUCUGUACGGGUUAAGAUACAGCCCGGACAUGCUACCGCCUGCAUCCCUCGGACUGAUGUCUCCCGUGAUGCACGAGCGAUUGAAGCUGGAGGAGGAACACCGGCUCAGGCAAGCACGGGAGCAAGCCGCGUUGCGGGAGGAGGAGGAGAGGAGAAGAGCUGCACGAAACUCCGCUCCUGCAGCCCCGGUACCCGCGCCUGCACCUGCAUCCGCCGAUACUGCAGCUAGGAAGCCGACCAUAGCGGCUCAGAUGCAUAGCGACCGGGAGCGAGAACGCGAGAACAGAGAUCGGCCAAGCGGGAGCAGUAGCGGUGGCGGCGGCGGCGGCGGCGGCAGCGGAGGCGGCGGCGGCGGAAGCGGUGCGAAUAGCAACAGCAACGCUAAUAACUCCAACAAUGGUAACAGUAACGUUGGAUCUGUCGGUAAUAGUCAUCAUCCAUCGAGAAAAGAAGAGCAGUCUUCCGCUCCUCCUCCUCCGCCAACAGUAGCACCGCCACCACCACCACCACCACCACCACCACCACCGCCACCACCACCACCACCACCACCGCCACCACCACCGCCACCACCACCACCACCACCGUCAUCGGAUCCAACGGCAACAGCGAACAUCUAUCACUCUCGUUUGUCAACGUUUCCGAAUCCAACGGCUCCCAUUGGACCACCACCGUCCUUGGGUUCAGCAACUAUCUGUUCCGUCAGCUCCGCGGCUAUGCCGCCUCCUUUGACUUCUACUCUUCCCCCUUUGAACCUUGGACCUCCGCCAGCUAUAAGUUCCGCGCCUAUCGGUGGCCCGCCGCCUAUUCCUUCUAUACCCUCUAUCUCGUCCUUAACGCCAGCGGUAAUUGGACCGCCGCCACCGCCGCCACCUCCAUCCCUAACUAUGCCCUUGGCGCCUAUCAUUUCUAUACCUUCUCUCCAUUUGCCCUCCGUAUCCUCGACUACUAUUCAUUCUAGUCAGCAUACAGCUACGAUAAUGAGCAGCGCGACAACUACGGUCACAACUUCUAUAUACCAUCAACAACAGCAACAGCAGCAGCAGCAACAACAACAGGUGCAACAAUCGUCGCAAGCACCAUCGCCGGUAACAUCGUCCACACCGUCGCAACAUCAGCAACGUAGUAGCAGCGCGGCCGGUACAACAACGAGCAAUAGUUUGUCGAGCAGUGGCGGCACUAUGACAACGCAUGGGACACACACUCUAACGACAGCUAAUGCGAUCCCCUCGAUUAUGAAUAGCGUGAAUCAUAUGACCACCUUGACUCACAAAUCGCCACCGUUGCCUCACGGUAUUCAUAGUUCGAGAGGUAAAGACGCCGGUACGGUCGCGAUAAGUACGACGACGAACGCUUCGAGCACGAGCACCAGCAGCAGCACGAUGAUCACCACCGUUACCACAACGAACACGUCGGCGACCACCCAGCAACCGGCUUUCGUCAGACCGUUCGAGGAUUCCUUUCGCUCUUCGUCGAAGCCUCAACCAAGACCCGUCGUGAACAGCCACAACCAUAUCAUAGCCAAUCAAAUUUCUUAUCAGGAAUCGCCGGUGAAAUUGGCGGCCGCUGUAACGACAACGUCGCACACUAUCGCCGGACAGAUAAUAGCGGAGAAUUCCAUCGCGGAUAACACGAAGAGCACGAACAUUCAACAAUCGUUGUCACACCCGAUUCCUUAUCCGCCUCAACAAUUUCAUCAUCCGCAUAUACCUGUCUCGCAUGUAGCUAGUUUGUACAAACCGCCGCCGCAUUUCUCUUCUUCGUCUCCUCAUCAACAUCACUCGCAAGCGAAAGUGAACGUACCGGCGUUAACUACUGGCAGCGCGAGUAACAGCAGCGGCGCGGUAGCUACGACCAAUUCCAACUGCACGAAACAGCAAAGCGGCGCGCAUCACGUCAACGAGAGCAAUUCAACGGCGACGGUGGCUGCGACCGUGGCUCAACGAAACGAGAUCUCUUGUUCAUUGUCGUCGUCGUCACCGCCGUCAUCGUCGUCCCCGUCGUCGUCAUCCUCGGCGUCACCUUCGAUGUCGUCGAACGUCGUUAAUUGCAUAUCCGCCGACAAAACGGCAGGGAACGUAAAUUACAACAACGGUAACAACGUUGGCCCUGGUCAUGGGAACAAGAUGAUGACGAAUCACACGAACUCGUAUCACAAGAACAGCGCGGAUAUACCGACGAAGGAGAGCAAAGUCAAUUCGUGCAACGAGAAGAUGGAAAAUCACGCGAAGCAGCAACCGAUUGCGAAUCAGUUGAAUCAUUUGGGAAAGAAUUCGCAUCAGGAAAAGCCGUGGACGCCCCAUUUGACUUACGAACAACAAGGAAAGGGCCCGCCACAACAACAACAACAACAACCACCGCCACCACCACCACCACCACCACUACCACCACCCACUUUUCAACCUAUAAACUUUAAUCUCGCGGAGAAGGAGAUUAAACCUGAAGUAGAGUCUAAGAUACAGAGCGAUCAGAACAGCGUUUUGUCCACAUUAUCGUUUCAACCGAAUUUUAAGUUCAGCAUAAACGACAUCGCACAGAAGCCUAUAGAUACGACUCAGCUGAUGCAGAGUAUCAAGUCUGAGGAAGUUUUGCGUACCUGUCAGAACGUUUCCAAUGUUCUCCUGCAGAUACCAAAAUACCAAGAGAAACUGUUGAAUUUCUCGAAUGAGUUGAAAACCGCAUUUUGUUUCACCGACAAGUGCAAUAAUUUGACUGAGAUUUCCGUGAAGUGCGAACCAGCGGUAUUAAAUGUGCCUGACCUGAGCAAAGCUCUAGUCAAACAGGAUGUUACGAGCGAAAAGUCUUUUCUUGUACCUGAGAAGCCGAGGGAAUUAACGUCCUCGUUAGAUCUAGCCGAGAGGAGAAGGAAGAGAAAACGGGAAAGAACGAAUACAGGCCUCGCGUGUAGUUCCGAUUCGGAAGGUGAGGAAGAAACGAAAGACAUGGAUCUCUGGAUUAUCAAAGGUCCACCAGCCAAGUUGCAGUAUUCCGAGAAGAAGCUUGCAUUCCUCGCCAUGUUCGGUCUAACUACUUUAAGCAUGAGGAAUGAAAUAGAGCUCUGUAAAGUGGAGAAGAGGUACAGAUUAAAUCCAGAUCCACCGGAAGUACCUUUGGAGACGGAUCAAAUGGUCGAGUCAGUAUUACCAAUACCACAGGAACAUCCGGAUGUAUUGCUCCACACGCCAGAUUUUGAACCGAAAGUUGGUUUUCUCAGGACCAUAGGCCUCGACGUGAUGCCUCCGAACAGAAGAGAUGAGGCAGAGAUAACGUGGCAGUACGUUCUGCAAGAUCGUAAAAAACGGAGAAGUUCGAACACCGUGACCGCGUACUGCGAAAGAAUUGCCAAGGCGUACUCGAAGAAUCCACCAACGUUACCGAAACCGCCACAAAAGAUGAGACUUCUAGACAGAGUGAAAGUAAAACAGGUUCCAGAACGACCACCGCCUCUACCACCUUUGGUUCCAAACAUAGUCUCGAUGGGUUAUCCUGCUUUGCCUAUGCCCGGUGAAAAUGGAGUGAAGCAACACUGCAAGAUCGUGGAUAUCAAGAUCGUGGAUGAGAAUGUAGACGAUCACGUCGGUGGGAAGAACGAAAGACCCAAAUGGACCGGCAUCGAGGACAUCAUGCUAGCUUACAGUGAAUAUUCCAAAGAGAGAGCAUUGGAGAAGAAAAUUUUGACGAGCGAAACAUCAAAAUUGGUAACACAGUCGAACAACUUGCGUUCUGAAACUAUUCACUUAGAGCGAAGGAUAUACGAACUGCUGUCCGCGAGAACGACUCUUGAUUCGGAGAGACGAAUGCUCAGUGAAAAGAUUGAAAGGAUUAAUGCACUUGUUAGGAACCUUAGGUAGCGAUGCGUAACGCACAACACGGAAACUCACUCAUCUGUGAUAUUAUCGAAGGGUUAAGGGUCGUUAGCAUACAGUACCAAAUAUAUAAAAUCUUACGAUACAUUUAGGCAAGCGACAAAAGGUCGAUGAAAUGUGUUUUAUUGACCAAAUGUACAGCAGCAGCCUUUCGUAUUUUUUUGCGACUAAAUGUACCACGCGACGAUGCUCUAUACAGAGUAUAAAAGUUCAACAGCAAUAAUAAUUGAAGGUACGUUACGACGAUCGCCAAUCCAUCAUCUUUGUAUUCCGUAAAUGAUGAUCGUCAUAUCAACAGACACACAUACACGUACACGUACACAAUAUGAAACAAGUGUAAGAACGAUUGUAUAAAACAAAAUUACACCUACAAAUAUACACGCACUUCUUAGUUGAUCACUGAAGUGAGAUUAUAAUAAAGAUAAUAAAGAUUUUAUAGUUUCAACUAACGGCUCUUAGACCCUAAACUAUAAAUAAUUGUAAUUUGUAUCAUAAUAUUUUAAUGAAAAAUAGACAAAUCGUAUAACUUAUUUUAUUCUGCGUAAUGUGGACUCUAUGUCAGAUAAUAACUUGAAACAAUAUGAUAUGUCACAAUUUGUAUAUGAGUCGAUCGUUGAUAUUACCUGGUAUAAAAGGAACGGGACAUCUAAUCGCGACGUUCAUCGAAUCGGUUCAAUGAUAAUCGAAAAAAAAAAAAACUUAUUCUCCAAUAUAUAGACUGUGACUUUUUUUUUUCAUUUUGCGUCGUAAAUGGGGAUAGUGUAUGCGAGCUCUGUGUUAACGAAAAUUUUCAAACACGUUGAAACUAUGAACCACAGACUGCGAUCAUAAUAAAUCUGGAUGCGAAAAAAAAAAAAAAGAAAACGUCGAAGCUGUAGAACCGUAACAAUUACUUUUAACUUAAAAAAAUGUUUCGAGAUAGAAGCAACUCUAGUCUACGGACAUUCGUAGAAUGCAGGAAAAUCACGUCUGAUUCCACGAAAUCAGAACAGUGAUGGUUCUUUCCUUUCGAUGUCCAUUGUUCACAAUAAUGAACGCAAAGGCCAGUGAAUACAAGAGAAAUUAAUGUAACAACAGCAGUGAGGUACUUACGUAGGUAAAGUGACUUAAUUUAAAUUGUUUUAGUUUAAAACAUGAGACAUCCGCGCGAGCACAUUCCAGAUAAAAAUAUGCUUGUUACCCAAUCUCCAACAUUCCACGUUCGAAUAGUAAUCGGAUCGUAAACAAUAUUGAAAAGCGAAUAAAAUUCAUUCUAUUGCAAAGAAAAAAAAAAAGAAAAGAAAAGCAAACUUUUUUUUCUUACGUUCAACUAAAUCAAUGCUAUAUUAUACUAAUUUUAAUAUCCUAGUACUUGUAUCUCACUCUACUCUCCGAGUAUAUUGUUCAACUAUUCAUCGUAAUACCUCCAGUAUGUAUAAUAUGAAAUCCAUUUAUAAUUUCAUCGUUUUGUUCAUUGAGUGCCUAACGUUAUCCUACAUUUGUAAAUAUCAUUAUUUUUAUGUAUUGUAUAACAAAAUAAGACCACAAAAAUAUUUGUUGGUCUCUGAUCUGGCCAAAACGAGAGCCUAGGAGUAAAUUGUUGAAAAUAUGAA